AUGCAGAACUUGGAAGUCUACUUUUCGCUACUUGCUGUUAUCCUGAUGUUCUACAUUCCGGCCCACAAGGCUACCAUGGCCCGGUACCGGACCCAGGUGCCGCUGUUGUGA